UGCCGGCAUCUUUAGUGUGGCCACUCGGCUGUCUGCAGUCUCUGGUCAUCUCCUGUAGUAUGUCUGCAGUCUCUGGUCGUCUUGUGUACUGUGUCCGCAGUCCCUGGUCAUCUCCUGUACUGUGUCCGCAGUCCCUGGUCAUCUCCUGUACUCUGUCCGCAGUCUCUGGUCAUCUCCUGUACUGUGUCCGCAGUCCCUGGUCAUCUCCUGUACUCUGUCCGCAGUCCCUGGUCAUCUCCUGUACUGUGUCCGCAGUCUCCUGGUCAUCCCCUGUACUGUGUCCGCAGUCUCUGGUCAUCCCCUGUACUGUGUCCGCAGUCCCUGGUCAUCCCCUGUACUGUGUCCUCAGUCUCUGGUCAUCUCCUGUACUGUGUCCUCAGUCUCUGGUCAUCCCCUGUACUAUGUCCGCAGUCUCUGGUCAUCUCCUGUACUGUGUCCGCAGUCUCUAGUCAUCUCCUGUACUGUGUCCGCAGUCUCUGGUCAUCUCCUGUACUGUGUCCGCAGUCUCUGGUCAUCUCCUGUACUGUGUCCGCAGUCUCUGGUCAUCUCCUGUACUGUGUCUGCAGUCUCUGGUCAUCUCCUGUACUGUGUCCGCAGUCUCUGGUCAUCUCCUGUACUAUUCUGUAGUC